AUGGAAUUGCCAGGUCGGCUAAAAUACAGAAUUCUACGAGGUCCCGCACAUCUUUGUUUCAUUCCAACCCUCAAUGAAAACCACCGCCACCACGACGAAACUUAUUCACCACCACUUCCAUUUAGAGGACAUCUUUGUAACCUAGCAAAUUCAAAAAGUUAUGCCAUACGAGGUACACUUGCGACGCGGUCACCUCCAGCAUCCUGCGCUCACCAUGAAUGCCUCAUGGAACCACCUAUAUAUUAUGAUUUCUGUGUGCAUGAUUAUGGAACACGUCGUACGUGGGAUUUUAAUUGGGUGAAAUGGUGGGAAGGAGAUUGUGGAUGGUUCGGUACUGAGGAAGAUGGUGGUGAAAGAUUUUUAGAUGCUGAAUUCGCUGAAUUCGAAGCGAAACCAUAUGUUGGUUUUCGCACUGAAUUAAUGUAUAAUGGAGACAUGGCAUUAAGAUAUAUUGCGAAAUAUCUAAAACAUGGUAUUCUGGAUGAGUUGAGUGACGAAGAGUUGGAUCAAAUACGAGUUUUAUCACUGUUAUUACUUUCUUUUGCCGCUGCUGCUGCUUCUUUUACUAAAUUUAUCUGA